GGCAAUAUAUAUUAUCACAACAGCGUUAUGGCCUUAUUCAAAAGCUGCUAACAUCGACUCGGAGACGGUGGAGGAUUCAAUUUUGAUUUAAGGACCAAACGGAUCAUGCGCCCGACGGCCGCGCGUUCAAAUCGAUCGUCCGUACAUCAUCUCAAGUCAUCCUCGAUCCCAAGCCCAUCGACAACGUCGUCCAUUUAUCAUCAUCAACAGCAGCAGCAACAACAAAUUCUAUAUGCUCCCGUCAGUAGCCCAAUGGUGACUCUUCAACCGUGUGGAACAGCACUUCAUCCUUCGUGCGUUUAUCCAAGCGUUCAGUCUCACGUUAUUUCAUCGAAUUCCGCCCAUUUACAACUUCAAGGUAAAAACAACCGAUGGCACGCCAAGAACAAGCCGUCCCGCGGUCAGCAAUACUGUCAGCAGCAGCAACAGCAACAGCAACUCUCGUACAAUCCAAAACCUGUAGUACUUUUCGAUCAACCGUCCACCAGCGUUGCAUCGAUCCCUCCGUCGACCACAUCCUUUUUAGUAGCAUCAUCCACGUUCACCCAUGCUGGACCAUUGCACAACGAGCAUUACAGUAACAAUUCUGGAGUGACGCAUCUGUUACCGCAGCCCUUCAAUUUUAAGCCGCCCGAUAUGCAGACUCUCUGUCUCAUCCAAGAUCGACAGAACAUUCAGCAACAGCAACAGCAGCAGCAACAGCAUCCGAUGCAGAAUUCCUACUAUAAUAUCUCGGCCACAAAUACUUGCAGUCUGCAAACCGUCAACAGCAACUCGUCCUUUCCGCUUGCCAAUCUCAAUCCUUACACCGGCCUAGCUAGCUUCAACAACAAUCAAUUUCCAGUAACAGUGCAGUCCUCUCCACUCUUCUCGAAUCCGCCUGUUGGUUUAAUGCUUGCACCACCGCGAGGAGACAAGCCUUCAUCCACGUUGGAUUUCGCACCGUUCAAACAUAACGCAGACAAGACAUCGAGCGCCUGCGAGUCUCAAAUCGUUCAAACCGGUCAGAGCGAGAAUGGCUGGCCUUCCCAAACCGAGAUGUUUUCCAAGAACGACGCGCAAACUGUCGCAGGAAAUAACAGGAACCUCGAGUCUGUCGAGGGUACUUUGCAGAAAUCUCUCUCUGUCGUCGCGAAGACGGACGAGGAACAUUACUCUGAUGAGUCUUCGAAUAGCUUUGACUUUACCAUCGAAGCUGAGAAGAUGGUCUCCGCUCUGUGUAACACCACGUCUUCGAACGAUUUAGGCAAGGAGGAAUCGAAGCUUGGCAACAAGAUUGAUUCUACGUUGUUUAACGGUGCAGGCGACAAUAUGUCUAAUAAGACGAACUGGUUUAUAGAUUUCUGCUCCGAGUACGAAAACAGAAGGUCGAUAGGCGUUCAAACGGACGAUUCGAACGUCGACAGAUCGCAGUAUCCAGAGCUGAUUCGAAAAACAGCUUACUGGGGAUGCACGCAGGCUGAAAGUGUUCUCGAUUCUGAAGAUUUGCAAACGGAUUCUAAACGGAGCUGGUUAACUUGUCUGUCAUCUGCCACCAGGACGGCGAUCACGAAAUCCUCGACUUGCAUCCCGGUCUUUGCGGGGGAUCGAGUUUUUGCCGACGAUCUCAUAAACGCUCUUCUACGCAUUAGCAAUGGAUGGCUGAGCCUUGAUAACUAUCUGAACAAACAGCAUUUUCCCAAUUUGUUGGACAGAUUAGAUCCUGAGUUGAUCGCGCGCUUCCAAACAUGGGAAGAGAGCACGUGCGAAUUACUGAAGCAAAUAGUGCGGACUUUUCAGAAGUUCGGAGAAAACAAAGAGGUGAUGGACCAGAAACGCAACAUGACAUCGUCAUUUCCAGGCGACGUGUCGCUUUAUACGAUCUACAAUCUUUUCGUCCCACUGUCUUCGAGCUCUCUUUCUCAACAAAAUCUUGGAAAAUCUUCGCUGGAAAAACCAUGCAGCACGACAUCACAUCGUUACCAACGAUAGGAACAACAAUCGACGAAUUCUAAAGAAAGCAAAUUGCGGAGCAAAUGGACGAUUACUGAGAAUUUAUCGUCCAUGAUUAACACCACAAAGUCUAUGCCGAACGUCUCCGUGUGUCAUUCUGACAUCGGCAACCUAGGAAGUCAUAAACUUCGCACGAAAGACGCACCAUCAUCCAAGAAAUUUGAUUUCACUCAGAAAUCGCUGAACGCCGAAUUCUGCCAGCUGAGAAACAAAAUAAUGGAAAGCAGCGCGGACGUAACGAUAGAUAGAAGACACGAUUACACGACGGAAGAUAAGCUUACGACAUUGAUCGAUAACAUCGAAUCCGUCCGGCCUCAACAUCCAGCAACGAACGCUCCUAUGAGCUACAGCGGACUGUAUGCGCGGAAUUGUUUAUCCUUCACGUUUCCUUUAUCCAGUCAUUCAGACUCUUCGUAUUCUACUCCCAAUUCGGGAAUCCCAACGUGUAGAGUUAAUUAUCCCUCUUUCGGGCUUUAUCCUAAUACCGAUAUCAAUUCGAGAAGCAGCAAUAACACCGAACCGGUUUACGGAGUUAAAAACGCAAAUAUCAAUCCGGUUUAUGUCAAAUCGCAAACUGAGCAACUAGAACUCCCGGCUGUACCUAGAAAUAAGGUGACCCUGCUUAGUCAGAUCGAGCCACGGACAUUUGACAAGGAGUCCGAGGAAAUGGCAGCCAACUUGUCGGCCUGGUUCGCCAGCAUGCGAAACGCACAGCCUCCAGAGGCCAAGUCGACCUUUGAGGAGCCAAAAACGGCCGAGAACUCGGUACCGCGAUUAUUUAUUCAGGAGAUGCCCAAAUACUCGAUGAUUAUAGCCAAGCAACCGCAGUUUGACGCAAAUCGGCAGUUCCAGGCAUUGCAAAAUCUGCCGAAUAUCCAGAGCACACCUUGGGCUGCUGGCAACUUUAUCGGAAAUCGUUUCCACGUGCAACAAGCGCCUGAAGAGUAUGACAGCUCUGAGGACGUGCGAGUGUACAUGAAACCGGGCAGCUACAACGUACCGAAAAAGAGACAUCAGAGAAGACCCAAUCGUCGAUCAAGCAACAGCGCGUCUCGCAAUGUACACGCGAGCAGUCAUCACAGUGUGUGUGGUAAUAAUGGAAAAAGUGUACCGAUAGCAUCAUCGACGCCUCUAUCUCACGCGAACGCGUCAACCUUGUCCACCAACAUCGGCAACACCACGCUGAUAAAGACUUCGUUCCCACCAGCUUCGCAGUUACCCGUGCCUCUGUUCAAUCUUGAGAGUUCACCUAGAAUCUUGAAACGCACAGAAUCUCUGUCCCAGGAUACUCGUCAGGACGUCACCUGGAAAGCAGCGUGCGCCUCGGCUGAGAUACUUCUUGAAGCCCUUAACGUAAAGGAUUGUGGUAAUACGUCUAAAAACAUCGAUUACAACGAUAGUAACAGCGAGAAGGAAGAUUCUGCUGAAGUAUUGACAAUCGUGUCGCAGCAGAGUGAUCCAAAAUCGUUGAAGGAUGAUAACGCUGACUGUGCGUCUUCCUAUGAAGCCUCAGAGGAUGAUUCGGAGUCCACGUGUAGAUUAUCGCCUAGCAUGAGUGUAGUUUCAGUGUCUCAGUCGCGCGAGGAUGAGAAUGCUCUCGGCAUCAAGACCAACGUGAAAACGGAUUCCUGGCUGAUCAGGACUCUCAAUAACGCGAGUAUCGUCGGCAAGCAGAAGCGACAUAAGGACGACGUAGAUCGACGAAGUUUAGAGUCUUCGAAUAGCUCGGAAAUUGACGUAAAACCGGAUCAGCUCACAUCGUCGUUAACCGCGGAUGCAGAUACAAAAACUCAUGCGACAAUCAUCGAUAGCGAAUAUCCAGCGAUCCUCUCUCGUGAGCAUGUUUCUAGUUCUUUCGCGAAGAACGACGAAACGUCGAAUGGAAGAGCCACGUAUUCUGAAACGGUACGAAGAUCCAUGAAAACAAACAACCUACACCUUGAAAAGAAAGAGCCGUUGAAGUCGUGCGCGACUAAUUCAUCGGUAACCACCGUAAUACCAAUUCCUGGCCGCAAGUGUCAGAGGAACGACCCCGUACAAUCCUAUCAACUUCUACACAAAUCACGAAAAUCGGCCGACAAGAAAACGAUGAAAAAUGCGGAUAGCAACGAUCUGCAAUUGGAGGAAGGAUCGUGCAUGAAAGUCGGCACUGUCAAGGUAAAUAAUAUGUUAACUACCAUGAAAACAAAUCAUAGGAAGAAGAAGGACUUGGAACAUUUGGAAGGCAAGUGUGCCAGCAAAUCGGGCGACCGUGGCUGGACGGUGUGGUGCAGUUCCAGGAGAAAACAGAGCCUCAGUCCUCUGAUAUUCAAUAAGUUAGAGACGAUUCAUCGAACUAUCUGGCAGAUGGACGAGGCGAAGAUUAUCAAAUAUACACUCUCGUACGACAAUAAGGACGGCCAGUUUUCAUCCGCAUUAAUAAUGGAAGAUUACUGCAAGAUUGUUAAGAGUCCGAUAUUUCUUGAGCUUAUCGAGUACAAGCUGAAAAAUCGGAUUUAUCAUAAAAUCGAACACGCUGUACAAGAUUUUCGUCGUAUUAUUAACAACGCGAAAGUAGAUCAUCAGCACGAUGAUGAACAAAUGAAGAAGAUUGAGGUGCUCUCAAAGAAGUUGGAGGACUUACUCGAAGAACAUUUCGGUAAUUUGGAUUUUGACAAUAUUACCGGCAGUCCAGGAGAAGAUUCAUCUAUGCUGCGAUUUAAGACAUCUGGACAGAAAUUGAUCGCCGGACGUUACGAUAGCACGAAGAAAAGUAUAUCGAUUAUCGCGGAGGAUUCUUCGCUCUACUGACUGUUGCUUUUCAUCGAAAUGAAAACUCUAAAUUAAAUUAUUGCAGCAAAACUAUUAGCGAAAAUAAUGUUCUUUACAGAAUAUUGUGCGUAAAAACUUCUUCUAGUCACGAGCCAUUUUGUACAAUUAAUGAUGCCAUAGGUGUUUUCUUUUUUCCAUUCUCGAAGAUCGGAAUCGCUGUCCGAUGGCUAUAAACUACUCGUUUAAUUUUUUUUCUCCGAAUGGUUUUAUUAACUAUGGAAAAUGCGCGUGUGUUCCGUCUGCUGAUAACAAUCUCAAUUUUGUAGCGAUAUCUUAGUAAAGGAAGAAAAACUGUAUUAAAUACGAACAAUCGUCGGACAGUAUCGAAUUUAUUUUUAUAUGAAAAAGAAAGUAGUGUGCGAUAGCAAAGUAUCAGCGAUAUAAUAUGUAAUUUCCACGUUCAUUGUUACGGCUAUUACUUAUAAAACAAUUCGAUCUUUUAACUUCGAUGCUCGUGUUCAGCAUUGAAGUUAAAUCAGUUAUAUCGUUAGAUCAGAGUGAUAUGAAUCAUAAAAUAUAUUUUGC